AUGCUCAUCGACUACACUCACAUUACGUCCAACGUCCAGCCAGAGGCUUCCUUGGCCACGCCAAAUGAAAUCCUUCGCGGCUACUUCACUGCACCUAACCCAUUUUCAUUUUCUUCGGCCAACUCAUCCGCGCUGCCCCCUGAGAAUAACGAACAACUUCCCGCGUUUAAUCCAAUCUACUCCGUCCGUUGGCGCUUUUUCAUCCCAACGAGCAAGACGUCUCUCAUCCACUUUCUCCUGGCCGUCCAAAAGAUUGACCUGAGUCUGGUGCCCGCCAACACGACGUGCCUGCAGAUACAAGCCUGGAAUCAUGUCCCCAUGAGUCUAGGCUCCACCCCUGCCUCCCGACUUCAUGCGUGGAGCUUCAUCCACCUAAGACUAGCUGCAGUGGCUGUAAAAUUGGCGCCGCCGUACAUCCUAGUCGACCGAAAACCCAUCAAGGGACAGUCCUCCAAGGACGCAGAGACCAGAAGGCUAGGCUACGGGGAAGACGGGAGGGAAUGGCAGACCGCAAAACAAUGA